UUCGCUUGUUUUAACCGAGAGAAGUGGUUGAAAAUGGCCUGAAACUUCCGAAUUUGGAUUAACUUGGAUGUUUUUAUUAUACAGUAUCAUUGUAUUGGAACAAUUUUAUGUAGCUGUUGAAAAACAUUGGUAAUUCACCAAAGGUUUCUCCUCACAAACGGAGGAUAACUUUACGUGGCAACAGUGUGGUUGCUAUUGACUUGAGAGGUCCAUAUUGCUUUGCCUUAAUUUUCCGUUGGUCCUUCACCUGGACUCUUACGAGACACCUUUGGAUUGUACAGGAAGAAAAAAAGCACAUCAUUGUUGGCUUCUUUGCAUUACUUUCUUGCAUUCGCCGUGACGGAAUUUCGAUAUUAUAUUAGGAUUGACCAAUUAUCAAUUUCCCAGCUGGAAUUGAUCGACCUGGAGUCCUUAGAUUUCUCUGUAGAUGUCAUACCAUUCGUGCUAACUACACAUACAGUCACGGCUUCAACAUUGGAUAUAUCAUAUUUUAAGGAGAAAACUACCAUUUGGUGGAAACUGAUUUCAGCUGAGUCGUAUUCACUCGGUAUAAGCGUUCUCAAUCAUGGCAGUAUACUUUGAUCAUAAAAUCCAGGCCCCUUCAGUGGCAUUACAGACUGAUAUAGCAUGGCACAACAAUUAUUCCCUUUUGGCAGUUGCUUCGAAAAAUGAAUCGGAUAUGGGAGGCUCCGUAAACUUCUAUCUUGAUGAGGGAGAGCUAGUGGAAGAAUCUUCAAUUCAACGUUCCAGUGCAGUAACAGCUAUUGUCUGGCAUCCUGUUAGAAAGAUAUUAGCAAUUGGCUGGGAGAGUGGGGAUGUUUUGAUGUGGAAUGAACAUGAUCGCGAAUUACAUGAGACUUCGUCCAUUCAUCAGUCAGCGGUUCGAGUUAUUCAGUGGAGUAAUAAUGGAAACAGACUAGUCACUUCUGAUGAGAGUGGGAUUUUGGCAGUGUGGAAAGCAGAUCAAAAGGGAAGACUACAGCAAUCACCAAUCUAUCAACAUGAUGUCUCCUCACCCAUCACAGCUUGUGUCUUCAAGCCUCCCCUAACAUCUGACUAUGACAUUUCUAGUUUGGCAAAAGCAGCUGUUGCAGGAGAUGAGUCUGCUUUAGACAUGUUAAGUUGGAGAAAGGGCAAUAAAAACGUGGCAAAUACAGCCUCUACUGAUUAUUCCUUCUUUUUCGGUGUAGUGGAUGGUUCAGUGUAUUUUGUUGAUGACAAGGGUCGUUGCACACAGUGCUUCACAGCAGAAGGUGCUAUAAAAUUCCUGUUGUACAGUGAGGGAAGGGACAUGAUCGUGGUAGUUACAGAGGGUUUGAUUCUUUCACAACACAGGGUGGCUCAUGAUGGUACCACAUCAGAGGUUGCCAAGGUAAAACUUAGUGGACAACCUGGUAAAAGCCAAAUAAUCUGGGCAGGAAGACAAGUGUUGGCAACAGCAUCAGAAGAAAAUGUUGUCAGAAUGUGGAAUGUUGAGCAAAAUGAUAACUACAUCCUUUCAGUUGAUGGUAGUGGCUUUGAACUUGGUGAGGUGGUCAACUGCAUAUCAUUUAACAAGGUUAAAGGUAUUCUGGCUGGUGGAACAAACAAAGGAAAAGUAGCAAUGUGGAAACAUGUGGUUACUAAACCUCAAAAGAAAAAGCUUGAAGGACAGGAAAAAUGGGAGCUUCAAUCACCAGCUGUUUUGGAGGGAGAAACACAGUUGUCACAGAUACAGUGGGGUGGUAAUAAGAGUCUUCUUGCAGUAAAUACAGGAGAAACUGUAAUUAUCUUGAAUGAACAAGUUAUGAAUGCUCAUUAUAAUCUUGAGCUUGCAGCAGUUCAAGUUUCACCAAGUCAGCUGGCUAUUGAAAAUUUUACAACUGGUUACUGUCAAGAUCUUAAGACAGACAUUCAUAUCAAGGGGGUAUUUGUGACAAAGAGCCACACAGCGAUAUGGAAUGGUAAAAAAGUAGUAGUUUAUGAAGUGGCAAGUGACAAGAGUUUGGUCAGAGCAGAAGGUUCUUUUAGUUCAGACUCUCCUGUUGUUGGGGUUCAUGAACAAAGUGUUUAUACUGUAGAACCAGGGAAGAUUCUUGUCAGGACUUUUCAGGGAACGGUCAAACAGAUUCUCCAGUUUUCUGAAACAGAGGGCGAUCCCAUUCUUUUAGAUGUGUGUGGAAAUUUUCUUGUUCCUGGCACGUCAUUGGGUUAUGUCAAGGUCUGGGAUUUGUCAAGAAGGGAAGCUAAACAACACUGCAAUCCCAAGUCUCUUGAAGAAAGUAUUACAGGGAUUGGCAAACUGAAAUCCGUCAGAUGCAACUGUAAUGGCACUAGAGUUAGCAUCAUGUGUGAUAAGGCAAACAACUCUCCAGAUAGUAGAAUUUAUGUGUGGGACAUAGAACUUGAUGCUUUUCAAUCAUUUGACUUCGCUACGGGCCAAGGAACUGGAGCAGAUGAAGGUGAUAAAGAAAGCACUGAUCUCACGAAUAAGGCGCAGCUGGCUGCCGAAGUUGCCGGCAGGAGGCCGGCGUCUAUGUUCUGGGAUCCCACGGAACCCAAGUUGUUAGUCUGUGAGGCUCCGCACAUUCCAGGAAUGGAACGCGAAGCAACAAAUAACAAAUCGUCCUCAAGGAAGUCUGUAAAUGCGAUAGCUGCCGAUGCCAGUAGAGAGAGUGAUGUUUUGGUGAUAUCACUGUUCAGUACUCCAGAAAAUGGAAUCUUGCUACAGGACUUUUUCCCUAUUGACUCAACUUACUUUAGUUUACUAGGAGUACAAGCACCCUACUUCUACUUGGUUAAAAAGAGCAGCGAGUUAGAAGGUGCCCCACCCCCGGAUCCACCGUCGUAUGGAGCGACGAACAUACCCCUCCCUGAUAAACACCACAUGGUGACUAAAUACACCAUGAGAGAUUUCAUUGGAUUUGAGAAGGCUGAUGCCGAGGCCAGGAAGGCCAUGAUGAAUUUUAGUUACCUUUCCGCCAUUGGAAACAUGGACGAAGCCUUCAAAGCGAUCAAAUUAAUCAAAAGUGAAUCAGUUUGGGAAAACAUGGCUCGCAUGUGUGUGAAGACGAAGCGGUUGGACGUGGCCACUGUGUGUUUAGGCAACAUGGGUAACGCUAGAGCCGCUCGAGCGCUGAGAGAGGCACAGCAAGAACCUGAAUUAGACGCUAGAGUGGCAUGUUUAGCGAUACAACUCGGCAUGACCGAUGAAGCAGAGAAACUGUUGAAGAACUCUUCACGUUACGACUUGCUAAACAAGUUUUACCAAGCAUCCAAUCAGUGGACGAAGGCUAUCGAAGUUGCUGAGCUUCAAGAUCGCAUUCAUCUCAGAACAACCUACUACAACUACGCCAAACACCUAGAGUCUACUGGCAACAUAUCAGCGGCUAUAGUCAAUUUUGAAAAAGCAGACACACAUCGGUUUGAAGUACCCAGGAUGCUUUUGGAGGAACCUCAACAGUUAGAAGCUUAUAUUCUGAAAACAAAGGAUAAGGAGUUGCGCAAAUGGUGGGCCCAAUACAUGGAGAGCACUAGCGAAAUGGAAACAGCGCUUCAGUUUUAUGAAGCUGCCCGUGACAACUUGUCACUGGUUAGAGUUUACUGUUACUGCGGUAACCUAGAAAAGGCUGCGGAAAUUUGCAACGAAACUGGCGACAGAGCGGCUUCGUAUCAUCUUGCAAGGCAAUUCGAAAACCAGGAGAAAAUUAAGGAGGCUAUCCACUUCUACACGCGUGCUCAGUGCUAUAACAACGCGAUACGACUUGCUAAGGAACACGGCCUGGAUAAUGAACUGAUGAAUCUGGCGUUACUCAGCUCUCCGCAAGACAUGCUGGAUGUAGCGAGAUACUAUGAGAACCAUCCCAACAUGCAAGAUAAAGCAGUCAUGCUUUAUCACAAGGGCGGAAAUGUCACCAAAGCGUUGGAUCUGUGUUUUGAAACUCAGCAGUUUGCGGCUCUGCAAGUUAUAGCUGAGGAUCUUGACGAGAGCACAGACCCUCAGAUGCUUGACAAAUGCUCCAAGUUCUUUUUAGAACAUGAACAGUACGACAAAGCUGUUGAACUCUUGGUUGUUGGCAAACAGUUCUCAGAAGCAUUAGAUCUGUGCAUGAAUCAUAACGUUACCAUCACAGAGGAGCUUGCAGAGAAGAUGACGCUUCCCAAGGGUUCCGAGCCGGAGAUCAGAAACAAACUUCUAGAAAGGAUUGCUGACUGCUGCAUGCAUCAGAGAUCAUACCACUUAGCCACCAAGAAGUACACUCAAGCCGGCAACAAAAUCAAGGCGAUGAAAUCUCUUUUAAAAUCCGGCGACACGGAGAAAAUUAUCUUCUUCGCCGGUGUCUCCAGACAGAAGGAAAUUUACGUAAUGGCUGCCAAUUAUCUUCAGUCUCUAGACUGGCGUAAAGAUCCCGAGAUCAUGAAGAACAUUAUAGCUUUCUACACCAAAGGUCGAGCGCUCGAUUCGCUGGCCAGUUUCUACGAUGCCUGUGCGCAGGUGGAAAUUGACGAGUAUCAAAACUACGACAAAGCUCUCGGGGCGCUUACAGAAGCGUAUAAAUGUAUGGCGAAAGCCAAGACAAAAAACCCAACGGAUCAAGAAGAGAAAGUGGCUGUCCUGAAACAAAGAAUAGGUUUUCUAAAGAAAUUUGUCCAGGCAAGAAGAUCGUACGACGAGAACCCAGAAGAGACAAUUAAACAGUGUCACAUUCUACUUGAGGAGCCGGAUCUAGAAACAGCUGUGCGUGUAGGAGACGUAUAUGGGAUUAUUAUAGAACACUACGCAAGACAGCAGAACUUUACCAAGGCUUUCUCUGUGAUGGAGGAGAUGAGACGCCGUGUUCCCAACGUAAACAUGGCUUACUACGUAAACAUGAAGACGAUAGAAGCGACCCACAAGGCAGUUGGAGCUCCUUUGAUGCGGGGAAUGGGCGCAGAGCGAGACAUCCGCGGGGAACUGGACGAAGACGAAGGGGAGGAAGUGGAAGAAGAAGUAGAAGAGGAUAUAAUGAAUGGGCAUGAUGAUUACUAGAAUGCAGGCUGGAACAAGAUAGGGUCUGGAAUGAGCUUAAAAGUAACCGUGGUUUUUACCGUCCGACUUGCAUGUUUUGAAACGAGGAACGACGACGUUUUUUGAAGUAUGAGGUAGCCGGCUGGGAAGGCGCCGAGAUACGACAAUGUUGAUGGAAAAGAGGGUCUGAAGUUAGGAGGAACAAGACGGAUUAAUAGAUACUUUAAAGAGUGGCUGCGGGAAGUUAUUCUGACACGGACAACCCGAUCCUAAUCCGAAUUACCUACGUUGCGUAAGAAUUAACGCCGGAGAAAAGAUAUCACUGCAAGCCUUUGAAGUCGUGGUGAAGAAGGAAGCUUGAACACGAGAAGGUGCUCAUUGUUGACUGAUGCUGUGUUGUCAAAAAAAAAGAUGCGGUUGGAAAUCAAAGGAGCAAAGAGGUAGCUAAGAACAAAAGCCAACUGUACUGGAAUCAGUCUUCAGUUCACUGAUUUAAGGAGAAAGCACUCAACGAGGACAAUUUUUCAUGUAGAUAUUUAGAACGAGAGUUGUACAUAAUUGUAACUUAAACAGACAAGGAAGCUAAGUUAGAAACCCUGUUGUGUAAAAUGAAUUAAAAUGUCCUUGUUACUUG